AUGGCUCCCGAAGCAGCAGUGUCUCUGCUUUCCUUGCGGCCCCAGCCAACCGACGAGCAGGUUGUGGGAGCUUUGCAGCCGUUCCUCCCUGCUUGGCGGCAAAGCCCUCGUGAUGCAACAGCUACACUGAGCUCCCUGGGAAAAGCAUUGAGAUCGUCUCUGGCAUGGCAGACUCUACGCAUGAUGCGCUUGAACGAGGUGGAGGCCAACAUCUUCCACUUCAGCUCGGCGAUCAGUGCCUGUGAGAAAGAGGCACAGUGGCAGCUGGCGCUACACAUUUGGUCAUCCAUGGGCUCAGCCUCUGUGGAUGCAAAUGUGUACAGCUUCAGCAGUGCUAUCGGUGCCUGCGAGAAAGCAAGCCAAUGGCCCGUUGCUCUGCACCUCCUGUUUGAGAUGUCUGAUGCAAGUGUGACGCCAAAUGUGGUGUCUUACAGCAGCGCCGUCAGUGCAUGCACUCAUGCCAGCCUUUGGCCAGAAGCAUUGAGCCUGCUCGAACUGAUGGCUGCUGCUUCCACAGAGCCCAAUGCGUUCACGUAUAAUGCGGCUAUGGUGGCAUGUACUUCGGCAGAGCAGUGGCAAAUGGCCCUGCUUGUCUUCACAGACAUGCUAGAAUCCCGGACGCGGCUGGACGCGUACAGCUACAGCAGCACGCUCGCCGCAUGUGCUGGAGGGAGCCUUUGGCAAGAGGGCCUGGCACUGCUCCGGGAGCUGUCGGACGCAGGCGUUGUCCACGAUGCUUGCUUCAAUGCAGCGAUCUCGGCAUGUGAGAAGGCUGGUCGAUGGGAGCAAGCUGUUGGAGUGCUGGAGCUGAUGGACUCUGCAGCCGUCGCAAAGGACACGAUCAGCUACAACGCUUCCAUCAGCGCCUGCGAGAAGGCAGGACGCCUCGAGGAGAGCCUUCUCCUGCUGCAAGCGAUGGAGCUGGCUGCCAUCCCGGCCGAUGUCAUAUCCUACAGCAGCGUCAUCAGCGCCUGCCAGAGGAGUGGUAGUUGGCAGAUGGCCAUGCACCUCCUCUUCGCGAUGCCCGAGCGACGCAUCUUGCCCAAUACAGUCGCCUUCAACGCGACGAUCGACGCGUGCGCAGCGGGCGUUGCCUGGCCGACGGCGCUGCGACUCCUGGAGGUAAUGGAGUCGAGACGGGUGGUUCCCGAUACCAUCACCUUCCAGUCCUUGAUCAGCUCCUGUGAGGAGGCCGGCGAAUGGGAGUUUGCACUGCACCUGCUUUCCUGGAUGCCCACUCAGCAGUGCACUCCGAAUGUUGUCGGCGCGAGCAGCGCCGUCAGUGCUUGUGAAAAGAAAAGCUGCUGGGAAGCAGCCGUCCUGCUGCUUCUCGCGAUGCCGACUUUGAGGUGCGUGCCGAAUGUCAUUAGCUACAACAGUGCCGUCGCCGCUCUGGAGCGAGGGAGCUGUUGGCAUAUCGCCCUGUCGCUUCUGGGCCAGAUGUGCGCAACAGCUGUGAACCCAGACCUGACCACAUUCAACGCUGCCACUGGCUGCUGCGAAAGAUCUCAUCGCGUCUUCGAGCUGCUCCCGCUGCUUGGCAGCCUCCCAGCAAGAGCACUGCAGACGCUGCGGCGAGGUUCAAGAAAAACGUGUCCCCCGCAGCUCUUGAGAUCUGUCGCCAUGGCCAAGACGAGCCUGCUGCCCGCAGUCUUGCUGCUCGCCUUCUUGGGCGCCUCCUGGCCCUUCGUGGGCCCCCGCGCGGCACCGAGCACGGAGGGCCGCACCGCCAUGCGCGGACAGGCUGGUGCCUCCGCCACUCCCUGGACACCCGUCCUGAGCCGUGACGUGGUGGAGAUCGAGUUCACCGCCCCCGCGCAGGGUGCCCGCUGCCGCUUCAUGAUCAAGGCUGAUGCAGACGUCAACGACGUGCUGAAAGAGGGCCGCAAGAGGUUGGGCUUCGACCAGGCUUGGAUGCCAGACUCUGACUUCAAGAUCUACGACUCCGAAAAUGAGGACAAGGGCCCACUCAAGGGCAAGAUGAAGGACAACGGCCUUGUUGACUUUACCUACGAGGUCCACCUUUACUAUGAGCCCCAGUAA